GAGCAGGUCUCUGCCAAGUCAGGGGACAGAUAGGAGAGAAGGUGGGCAGGAGCCUUCUGGGCUUGAUCGCCUAGAGACCUCCCAUUCCGGGAGCUGAAGCAGGAAGAAGGUGGGGCCUGCAUUCACGAGGCCCCGGAGGUCACUCGCACUUCUGGGGUCUCCCAAAGCCAGGGCCUGUACACAGGAAAUGCAACCCCAGCGCCUGGGGCCCAGAGCUGAGAUGGAACCAGUCUGCCCUGGCUGCAGCCGUCAUAGACCCGAUUCACCGACCAGUGCCUGCAGAAGCCCAAAGCCUAUAGAGAAGUUAUCUCAAGGAGCAUUCUGCUUCCAUUUUAAUAACCUACACUAUGCCAAGGACCGAAAAGAUGCCUUCUUGUGCUAUGAAGUGAAUAGAAAGAACGGCUGCGAUUCACCUGUCCCCCUUUACCAAGGGGUCUUUAAGAAAGAGGGCCAGAUGCACACUGAACUUUGCUUUAUAUACUGGUUCCAUGAACAAGUACUGAAAGGGCUGUCCCCGAGGGAAGAGUUCAAGAUCACCUGGUAUAUGUCCUGGAGCCCUUGCAUCAAGUGUACUGAUCCGGUGACCGGCUUCCUGGCCAAACACCCCAACCUGAGCCUGGCCAUCUUCAGCUCCCGCCUCUACUACCCAAAGACUCCGAACUACGAUAAGAAGCUUCGAAGGCUUGUUCAGGAAGGAGCCCAGGUGGCUAUCAUGGACCUACCAGAAUUUAAAAAGUGUUGGAACAAGUUUGUGUACAAUGAUGGCCAGCCAUUCAGGCCUUGGAAGAGACUGUGUGAAAAUUUUAGGUUCCAGAAUUCCGAUCUUCAGGAGAUUCUCAGUCUGCUAAGAGACGAGGUGUUUUCCCUGCAGUUUAACAACAGCCACUGGGUCCAGCCAAUCCAGCAUCAGCCAGGCCAGCUUCAUUACUACCGCAGGAAGUCCUACCUAUGCUACCAGCUGGAGUGGUCCAAUGGCCAAGAGUCACUCAAAGGCUACCUGCUAAGCAAGAAAGGUAAACCGCAUGCGGAAAUCCUCUUCCUUGAUAAGAUACGGUUCAUGAAGCUGAGCCAAGUGAGAAUCACCUGCUACUUCACCUGGAGCCCCUGCCCGAACUGUGCCCGGCAACUGGCUGCAUUCAAAAAGAAUCAUCCAGAUAUAAUUCUGCGGAUCUACACCUCCCGCCUGUAUUUCUACUGGAGGAAGAAGUUCCAGAAGGGGUUGUGUUCUCUGUGGCGAUCAGGGAUCCAGGUGGACGUCAUGGAUCUCCCACAGUUUACUGACUGCUGGACAAACUUCGUGAGCCCGCAAAGGCCAUUUAUUCCAUGGAAUAAACUGGAGAAAAACAGCUGGCGCAUAAAAAGGCGGCUCCGGAAGAUCAAGGAGUCCUGGGGCCUGCAAGAUUUGGUGAAUGACUUUAAAAAUUUACAUCUUGGACCGCCGUUGCCUUGAACAGCAAGAAGAGAUUCAAGAAGGUCUUUCGGUGAUCACCGCCCAGCCCCAAGCCUAGGAAACCCGUUGCUCUCCUAUUUCUUUGUUUUCCCUUUUCGUUUGUUUUUUGUUGUGUUUGCUUUGUUCUGAAGACAGGGUCUCACAGAUAGCUUGCUACUCUGGAACACAAUACUAGACCAAGCUGGCCUUAAACUCCAUAAUCCACCUGCCAGUGCCUUCUGAGAGCUGGGUUUAAGGUAUGAGCCACCCAUUCCCAGCCCUGAGCCACUGUUCUGGGACCCUGGGCCAUCAUUCCAGGCCUUUCCUUCCUCUUUCAUUAUCUUUUUACAUUUUUUUUCCAUCAAUAGGUGCUUAAUUUUGUACUUGAAAAUUUUAAGUUGGGCCAGGCAUGGUGGAGCAGUAUGCCUCUAACCAUAGGCAGAGGCAGG